UCGGACCCCACAACAUUUUGCUGGCGCUCGUCUUUUUACGCACUCUGCUGUCUGCCCUCUCCGUCUGACCCAGAGCCUUUUGUUUUGCGCACAGAUCCUGCUGUGCACUCUUCAUCUCUGCGCGCAUCGUUCCUCUACUUUAGCGGUCCAAAAUAAGGACACACGAGGAGGACUGGACAUGUUGGGGAUGUGGAGGGGACUCGUCGGGCUGUCCUCAUGUUGGUGCCUGCUGAUGCUGGUUCAUGUUUCGCCUCAAGCAGAUGCAGCCUAUAUAUGCAGCUCCACUCAGUUGACGUGUGGAAAUGGGAGGUGCAUCACCAGCAGGUGGAUUUGUGAUGGAACCGACGACUGUGGUGAUGGGACCGAUGAACUUCCUGCAACCUGUGCAACAAAAACAUGUCUGCAGUCAGAGUUCAACUGCGGCGCUCCCACCAACCAGUGUAUACCGGGAGCCUGGCACUGUGACGGCAGAGCUGAAUGCAUCAACGGCGCUGACGAGAACAACUGCACGGCCAAACAAUGCAGCGCUGGCGAGUUUCGUUGCGCCAACGGCCAGUGCGUAUCCACCACCUUCAUUUGCGACGGCGACAAUGACUGUUCAGACAACUCCGAUGAGGCCUCCUGCCCCAAACCCAGCUGCAGCCCUCGGUCCUUCCAGUGCAACAACUCGGUGUGCGUGCUGGCCAUGUGGCGCUGCGAUGGAGACAAGGACUGUGCCGACGGGUCGGACGAGUGGCCGCAAAACUGUGUAGGACAGCAGCCGGACAAGAAGGCGGUGCGCUGCGGCGCCAACGACUUCCAGUGUGCAAACGGGGAGUGUAUUGACGGCAGAUGGAAGUGUGACGGAAGCUUUGACUGCCAGGAUCAAUCGGACGAGGUCAACUGCAGUCAUCCCACUUGUCGCCCAGAUGAAUUCCAGUGUAAUGACGGCGCUUGUAUCCAUGGCAGCCGCCAAUGUGACAAAGUGCCCGACUGCAGCGACCUCAGUGAUGAGAUUGGCUGCCAAAUAGAAAAUGUAUGUGAAGGCCCCACGCAGUUCAAGUGUCGCAGCGGGGAGUGUAUCAGCAUGGACAAGGUGUGCGACAAACGGAACGACUGCAGGGACUGGUCCGAUGAACCUAUCAGACAGUGUGACAAAAACGAGUGUUUGACUGGAAACGGUGGAUGCUCCCAUGCUUGCAUUGACCUGAAGGUCGGCUACAACUGCUCCUGCCCUGCUGGAUACAGCCUGAAGACGGACAAGAAAACCUGUGCAGACAUUGAUGAAUGUGCUGAGGCGGACACUUGCACUCAGAUCUGCAUCAACCUGCCCGGCAGCUACAAGUGUGAUUGUGAAGAGGGCUACAAGAUCGACCCCAGGAGCAAGACAUGCAGGGCCGAAUCAGGCACCGUACCCACACUGUACUUCACCAAUAGACACGACGUGAGGAAGAUGACGGCGGACCGCAGCGAGUACGUCCUUCUGAUCCACGAGCUGAAGAACGCGGUUGCUCUAGACAUGGACAUGCCGAACAAGAUGAUCUUCUGGUCCGACCUGUCUCUGAAGAAAAUCUACAGCUCCAAAUUAGACGUGGCCGGUAACUCCUCUCAGCACUCUGUGGUGAUUGGCAGCGGCAUUGAGGCCCCAGAAGGCAUCGCGGUGGAUUGGAUCCAUGGCAACAUCUACUGGACCGACAGCGUUUUGAAGACUAUCUCUGUGGCAACGACAGACGGCAGCAAGAGGAAGACCCUGAUCACAACAAACCUGCAGAAGCCAAGAGCCAUCACAGUCGACCCUGUGAAUAACUUUAUGUACUGGACAGACUGGGGUGAGGAGGCCAAGAUAGAGAAGAGCGGGUUGAAUGGAGCGGAUCGCGUUGCCUUGGUAACAGAUAACAUCAUGUGGCCCAAUGGCAUCACCCUCGACAUGGUCAACCAGCGUCUGUACUGGCUGGACUCCAAGAUGCACACUCUGUCCAGCAUUGAUGUGAACGGAGGGACACGACACAAUCUCAUUUCCGGCAAGGAAAAGCUGCCGCACCCCCUCUCUUUGACUGUCUUUGAGGACAAAGUGUUUUGGACAGACAUGAGCAACAGUGCUGUUUUCAGUGCCAGCCGCCUGACCGGGAGGGACAUCACUCAGCUGGCGACGGACCUGAACCAGCCAGAGGACAUCGUGCUGUACCACAACCUCAAGCAGCAAAACGGUACAAACUUGUGCAGAGAGAGUGGCAGUGAGAAUGGAGGAUGCGAGUUCCUGUGCCUCCCUGCCCCGCAGAUCAACCAGCACUCUCCUAAAUACACCUGUGCCUGUCCUGACCACAUGACCAUGGGACCCGACAUGAGGACAUGUGUGACAGCAGCCUCAGUUGCCCCUCCUCCCGAAAACAAAACUGGUGCAGCGCUCCCGCCCAAAGCUCCCACCGAGCCUGCUGCAACACCCAGGCCGGCUGUCACCACCAUUUCUACAACUACAACUACCACCAAAGAAGCCACAACUACCUCGUCUGGCCCGCAAAGCACACAGCAGCCUGCCGCUACUGCUCAAGGUAACCGAUUGGCAGCCUUGUCCGAAGAAGCCACUUCAUCCCACCCGAUUGCUCUCUACGUGGUGUUGCCAAUAUUGGUCAUGUCCCUGCUGGUCUUUGGAGCAAUGAUGCUAUGGAGACACUGGCGUCUGAGGAACACCAACACCAUCCACUUUGAUAAUCCAGUGUACCAGAAAACCACGGAGGAUGAGAUGCAAAUCUGCAGGAACAGCUCUGAGGGCUACGUUUAUCCUCAGAGGCAAAUGCUGAGCAUGGACGACAUGGAUGUUGCAUGACGACCCAGAGAUGAAGAAGACACUAGCUGUAUUUAAAGUGAUUUUGUUUUUCUGAUGCAAACAUCAAGCAACAGAGGCCAUUUUUUUUUUUUUUUACUGCUUCUGCUUACCCCCCCCCCCCCACCCCCCCACCCCCCACAUGAGCUCAUUUUGUGGCUUAUGUUUCUGACCUCAGCACUGUGCCGUCCAAGUCUGAAGAAAAUACUGAAAGAAAAUACUGAAAGAAAAGUAGAAAGAAAAAAAAAAAAAAAGAUCUUUAAAACUUUACUAUGACUAAAUGGAGCAGAACAGCAGGAAGCUAUUUUGUCAGACCACAAAAUAACUUCAAAAUGAAGGAUUACUGCUUGGUUUCA